AUGGCAAAAAAGCAAGCUUUAACCUCUUCGGCUUCCUUUGUGAGACUUUUCAGUGACAAGAUGGAGGAAGAAGAUCAAGCUCAACCACGAAAAGGGCAUCUUCCAUUUCUUGUGAGAGAAGGGCUUCUUCACGAGAUAAUUGGUAAGGCCUUAACCGAAUCACGUGAGCCAGUGAGCCUCACCAUUGAGUAG